UUCGACAGACCGGGGUCGUCAUAGUUUAAUCCAUGACGUUGAGGUGAAUAACUGAUGCAACGGAGCUUUAGAAAGCUGCCGAACCAAACUGAAAAUAUUUAUAACUACUUACUUACUCCCCCCUCGAUUCGUGAUUUACCAAGCCAUUGAACUAUUAAAUAACCCAUCAAGCCAGCUGAUCUUUUAUUAUAACCAAGUACAUACUCCACCCUAAUCAUAUCACAAUAUAGCAAACAUGGCACCUACAAGCACGAAGCAAUGGUCUGUCGGAGGAACGGAUAAGGGUUUCGACGGCCUAUCAUUUGUCGAAGCCGAGAUUCCGAAACUGGGAGAGAACGAUGUUCUCGUCAAGCUACACGCCGCUUCGCUAAACUACCGAGAUCUCAUCAUCCCUCUCGGCAAAUAUCCCUUUCCCGCCAAAUUCCCUGUGAUCGCGGGGUCUGACGGCGCAGGAGAGAUUCUAGAGGUUGGAGCUAAAGUUUCCAAAUGGAAGAAGGGCGACAAGGUUGUCACUCUGUUCAACCAAGGCCACCAAUAUGGCCCCGUGCACAAUGCCAUGAUGGCGACUGGCCUAGGUGGUGCUGUAGAUGGCACGUUACGCCAGUAUGGUACCUUUAACGAGAAUGGUUUGGUUCGAGCGCCCAGCAAUCUUAGCUAUGAGGAGGCCUGCACCCUGACGUGCGCCGCCCUGACGAGCUGGAAUGCUCUUUACGGAUUAAAGCAGGUGAAGCCAGGACAGACGGUGGUCGUUCAAGGAACGGGAGGUGUCAGCAUCUUUGCUCUCCAGUUGGCAAAGGCUGCGGGGGCCAAGGUGAUCGCAACCACAUCGACCAAGGAGAAGGAAGAGACGCUGAAGAAGCUGGGUGCGGAUCACGUCAUCAACUAUAAGGAGGACCCCAACUGGGGUGAGACAGCCAAGAAGCUCACGGGUGGCGUGGGUGCCGACCACGUUAUCGAGGUGGGUGGCGCGAACACGGCCGAGCAGAGUCUCAAGGCGAUCAAGUACGAGGGCAUCAUCAGCAUCAUCGGGUUCCUCGGUGGCGCCAAGGUGAACGCGAGCAUCAUCGAGUGUCUCGUCAGGAUAUGCACGACCCGUGGUGUCUACGUUGGCUCCAGGGAGCAGAUGGAGGACCUGGUGGCGGCUAUUGAGGCCAAUGACAUUCACCCCGUCAUCGACAAAACGAUCUUCAGCUUCGAUAAGUUGAAGGAGGCUUAUCAAUAUAUGGUAAGUUAAUAACCUUCCUACUCUCUAGAGUUAUAUUUCGAAGUCCGCCGUACUAAUACCUUCUCUCUUUUUCCUUUUAAUAGUGGGAGCAGAAGCAUUUCGGCAAGGUGGUCAUCAAAAUAGAAUAAAUGCCCAAUCUACCAGGCCGAGCAGGUACCACUCUAGUAACUUAGAUAAAUAAAUACUCGAUUGAUACUCACCUAUACUAUACAUGAGUCAUGAUUGUUGUACCUGGAUGAAUAUUGUUGUUUGCGUUGGAAACGACCGCUGACUCAGGAGUCAAAAGGGGUUCGUAUAACGUCCCCGCC